CAGUUGAUGGUAGAUCAUCUUGACUUUAUAUAUAUCCAAGAAAAUUUAGGUCACUUUCACAUAUGUAGCUAUCAUCUUCACCUUUCUCUUCUUCUAUGACAACUACAUGUGGCUCAUACACAGAACUCUAGAAUUCCCUACUCCUUUUUAUUGUUAAAUUUCCUUUGCUUAACAAGCUUGGUUUUCUUCCUUGGGGUGUAAAGUUGUAAGCUUUUGAACAACUCCUUUUUCUUUUUUUCACUGUUUUCAUUUCAUAAUAUGCUUUCUUGCCUCCUCUGUUUUGGUAUCUUUUUUAGCUUCUUCUUCAAAUGAUCUUUUCCAAUUCAGAAAUUGAACUCCUCUUUUACAACCCUUUUUCUUUUCCUUGUCAAGCACAGUAUGAAUUCUUGAAUUCCAAAUCUCCUGAGGCUCUCUUGAACUAGUUGGGGUUUGUAAAUUUCUCUUCUUUUCUUGUUAUUGGUAAGUUUUCAGCCUCUUGAAUUCCAGUUCUUGGAGACCCUUUUGGAUUCGGAUCAUGGUUUUUUUGGAAUGAAAUAAGUAUUGGUUUUGGUUCAUUUCUUGUUUCGAUCAUGGGAAUUAUAGGGAUGAAAGAUGGUAUUUGGAUAUGUAUGAUUUUGGGGUUUAUGGUAUUAGGAAAAGUGUAUGGAAUUGGAGCAAACUGGGGAACACAAGCAACACAUCCAUUGCCACCAAACAUAGUAGUGAAGCUGCUCAAGGACAAUGGAAUUCAGAAAGUGAAGCUGUUUGAUGCAGAUUCAGAUAUCUUUAAAGCACUCAGUGGGUCUGGAAUUGAAGUCAUGGUUGGUAUCCCAAAUGAAAUGCUUUAUAGUUUAGCUAACAGUUUGGGUGCUGCUGAGAAAUGGGUUGAGAAGAAUAUCUCUUCAUUUGUCUCUUCCAACAGUGUUGAUAUCAAAUAUGUUGCAGUUGGAAAUGAACCAUUUCUAUCUCAGUUUAAUGGAACAUUUCUGUCAACAACAUUCCCAGCUCUUCAAAACAUCCAGGCAGCCCUGAUAAAAGCCGGUCUUGGCAAUCGGGUGAAAGUAACUAUUCCUCUCAAUGCUGAUGUAUACGAGAGUUCAAGUGAAAAACCUUCAACAGGUGACUUCAGGCAAGAUAUUCGUGAUCUCAUGGUGAACAUUGUCAAGUUCUUGAAUGACAAUGGUGGUGCAUUUACUGUCAAUAUCUAUCCUUUUAUAAGUCUCUACAAUGAUCCCAACUUUCCUGCUGACUAUGCUUUCUUCGACGGAUACUCAAAUGCCAUCGAUGACAAUGGGAAAAUUUACAACAACGUUUUCGACGCAAACCACGAUACCCUGCUUUGGGCCUUGCAGAAAAAUGGAUACCCAAAUAUGUCAAUCAUAAUAGGGGAAAUCGGAUGGCCAACAGAUGGAGACAAUAAUGCAAACUUAAAGGCUGCCCAGAGAUUCAACCAAGGAUUCAUGACUCACAUUUCAGGUGGAAAGGGGACUCCAAUGAGACCUGGCCCUAUAGAUGCUUACCUGUUCAGCCUGAUCGACGAGGACGCGAAAAGCAUCCAGCCUGGUAACUUUGAACGCCAUUGGGGAAUAUUUUACUUCGAUGGUACGCCUAAAUACAAUCUUUCCCUGGGUGCAAACAAUGGAGGUUUAGUACCAGCAAAUGGUGUUCGAUACCUGGCUCGCCAGUGGUGCGUGCUGUCACCCUCGGCUAGUCUUGAUGAUCCACAGCUAGCUGAUAGUGUGGGCUAUGCAUGUUCACAUGCUGAUUGCACCAGCCUCGGGCAUGGGAUAUCAUGUGCGGAUCUGGAUACUCGUGGUAACAUUUCAUAUGCAUUCAACAGUUACUAUCAGGAAAAUGACCAGCUAGCUACUGCCUGCAAGUUUCCGAACCUUUCCAUGGUCACAAACACAGAUCCAUCACCACCGGGUGGAACCUGUAAAUUCAAAAUAAUGAUCCAAGCGAGUAGUCCUAAAAGCCAUAAGAGUAAUGCGUUUACUUCUAAGCCUGUCAAUGUGAUGCUUUUGGUUAUGGUUUCUUUGUUGAGUGUUUUGUAGAAUUUCUUGAGUUAUUUAUAUAUUCCUGUCAGUUUGUGUUGAAAUUGCCAUCAUAUAUUUGUUCUUAAACCUACUUAAACUUGGGGUUAAUUUCACCGAUGGU